UGGUCUGGUCUGGCAACGCUAGCAAAACGCACUAAGAAAAACGCUCAGCUAAUUCCAAAAAACCAUGUCGUUUGGUAAUUUAUUAAUGAAAAGCGGCCUAAAUCCGGGCGUGCGCGGUGCCCAGGCGGGCGUCCUGGUGGCGGCCACCCGGCAAGGACACACGAUCCGCGGCAAGGCGCCCGGCGUGGCCAGAACGCUGGAACAGCGGGUGCAAGAGGAGACUGCCAGGGAUCCCGAGGUGUUGGCCCGCGUUAACAUCGGUUUCCCGCAGCUGAGGGAUUCCCGCUCGGCGCAGCUGAAGACGCGACUGGAGCAUUUGAAGGCGCAGCGGAGCAGCAAGCAACUGGAGCAGCUGGCGAGGAGCAAUAAGUUAAUCAUCGACCUGGAGCAGGUGCAGCGCACGUAUGUCAAGACCACCGGGCAGCACGAUCUACGCCUGCUGGCCGAUCACUACGGCAUCUUCGAGCAUCUCUUCGGCAGCGCCUACUUUGUGCCCCGCGUGCCGCUGAGCAUUGCCCACCAGCUGGCGGGCGACCGGCUGGCGCCCGUCUACAAUGGCAACGUGAUCAAGCCGGCGGAGGCCUCCCGGGCGCCGCAGAUCAGCUUCGAUGGUCGGGUGGAUCCCAUUACGGGUCAGGAGGCAGCUACUCCUAGCUACUGGACCCUCGUGGCCAGCAAUCCCGAUGCCCACUACACAAAUGGCCAGGCCGAGUGCCUCCAUUGGUUCAUAGGAAACAUACCCAAUGGCCAGGUGAACGAAGGCCAGGUGCUCGCCGAGUAUCUGCCGCCGUUCCCGCCACGCGGCGUUGGCUACCAGCGCAUGGUCUUUGUGCUCUACAAGCAGCAGGAGCGCCUGGAUCUGAGCCAGUAUCAGUUGGCCAAGGAGGACUUUAGCAACCUGGAGAAGCGCAGCUUCAGCACCUUGGACUUUUAUCGCCAGCACCAGGAGCAACUGACGCCCGCGGGCCUGGCCUUUUAUCAGACCAACUGGGACGAGUCGCUGACGCAGUUCUACCACGAUGUUUUGAAACGCAAGGAACCCGUCUACGAGUACGACUUCCCCAAGCCCUAUUUGGCCGACCAGAAGUUCUUCCCGCUGAAGCAGCCCUUCAAUCUGUACAUGGACAAGCACCGCGACCAAAAGCAGCUGAAUAAGGAGUACCUGGAGCGCAAGCUGGCCAAAACGCAUCCCUUUGAAGGGCCGGAAAAGCCGCUGCGCUUUCCCAAUGCCCAUGCCAUACGCGAUGUGCCCUCCUGGCUGAAAACUGAGAUUAGGAAGCAGCGUUUGGGCACUGGACGAGUGCAGGAUUACUAGAUUGUUGUUUAAUAGUGGUUAACAAGUUUUGGUUUCUCUUUAUUCACUGGAAGUACAUGCCUCAAACGGGAAACUACCAACUACAUGGUUAUAGCCUAAAUAAAUAUGGAGAAUCGUGUGAUGCGUUAACAA